CACCUGGCUUUAACUUUGACAACGCGGGAAGGUAAGAGCUUCUUUUAAUGUUCUCAGAGCUGCAGACUGAAUCAGUGAGGAAGGAAAUCAAAUGAAACCGUCGAAACGCUGCAUUAGAGGGUCUCUUUCAUGGAGCACAGACUCCCAAACCUAUGAAAACCGGGACCACCAUCGCAGGAGUGGUGUUCAAGGAUGGGGUGGUGCUGGGAGCAGAUACCAGAGCUACAUCUGGUGAAGUGGUGGCCGACAAAAUGUGCGCUAAAAUCCAUUACAUCUCUCCAAAUAUAUAUUGUUGUGGAGCUGGUACAGCAGCAGAUACAGAAAAGACCACCGACCUUCUGUCCUCCAACCUCACCAUCUACUCUCUGAACAGCGGGAGGAACCCUCGUGUCGUCAUGGCCACUAACAUACUGCAGGAUAUGCUUUACAGGUAUCACGGUCAAAUUGGGGCCAAUCUUAUACUCGGGGGAGUGGAUUGUACUGGAAACCACCUGUACACUGUGGGACCAUAUGGGAGUGUAAAUAAGGUGCCUUACCUUUCAAUGGGAUCUGGGGAUCUGGCUGCUCUUGGGAUUUUAGAGGAUGGGUUCAAACCUGACUUAGAGCUGGAGCCGGCGAAGGAGCUGGUGCGAGCUGCUAUUCAAGCAGGCAUCAUGAAUGACCUCGGCUCAGGCAACAACAUCGACAUUUGUGUGAUCACCAAACAAGGAGUGGACUACAUCAGACCCUACCGGGAGUCACAGUACAAAGACAAGAGGAAAACAAAAUACAAAUAUCCACCAGGAGCAACACCGAUUCUGACAGAGAAAGUCGUCCCCUUAAAGCUGGAGAUUGUGCAGGAAACUGUGCAGAAGAUGGAGACGGCCUGAAUUUCAGCACAGAACCACAGGAUUUACACAUAAAUGAUCAAUGUGGCAAACAUGUGACUGACACUGGUUUCAUGGGUUUGACUGCUGAUAAAAACUUUCAAUAAAAUAUA